AUGCACGAGAGUAUGAUGGACUUUUGGUUCAGCGAGGAAGUCGAAAAGUGCUGGACCGACGGACGGUUCGAUCCGCUUGCCGUUCUCGCGAUCGUUCGCCUGAUGACACAGACAAUGCUGAUGGCCGAAUGGACACUCGGCCGUCUUCACAAAGAGGGUCCGCCCGUCAGAAAGACGUACAUUUCGACGGAAGUGAAAGCUCCCGAGCUGGAAGAUCCCGAACGGAGGGAAAAGUGGAUAUUCCUGCUGACCGAACUGCUCGAUCGAUCCAUCAAUCGAUUAGAAAACACUCAGAAAAGGUGA